AAUUGUCGUAUAAUAGUGCACACUUCGCCUCGAGGUCGAGUAUGCAGGGUGGAUACUAGGUCAGCGAAACGUUUGAUCGCUGAUUCGAGUAUACAGAGGAGCCACUGCAUUCAGAAGCACUUGAAGCACCACAUUUUUGUUGCUGUCGCCAUUUUUCUCUGUUUCUGAGGACAGUUAUGGCGUCCAGUGCCGUGGUGAUUUGGCUGCAUGGCCUCGGGGACUCUGGACCUGCAAAUUAUGGCCUCAAGUCUUUCUUCACCGCCAAGUUUAUGAACAAUGUCAAGUGGUUGUUCCCCAGUGCUCCCACACAGCGCGUGACCGCGAAUUAUGGAGCUUUGAUGCCAUCAUGGUUUGACGUUGCCGAAUUGCCGAUCAGCGCUCAAUCUCCCGAGAUGGAGGCAGGGGUGAUGAAGGCUGUAAAUUCUGUGCACGCAAUGAUCGACAAGGAAGUGACAGCAGGUGUAAGCCCAGACAAGAUUUUUGUCUGUGGUUUUAGUCAAGGAGGUGCCCUAUCGCUUGCAAGUGCGUUGCUAUAUCCUGAAAAGUUGGCGGGAGCAGCUGUGUUCAGCGGUUGGGUCCCUUUGAAUCCGGAAUUUAUCAGCAAGAUCCCGGCCAAGGCCAAGCUGACGCCAAUUCUAUGGUGCCAUGGUAUGAGCGACAAUGUUGUAGAUUUUAAAGCAGGACAAGCUGGUCCACCUCUUCUUGAGCAUGCUGGUGUUGGUUGUGAGUUUAAGGCCUAUCCCGGACUUGGACACAGCAUAGAUGGUGACGAGCUCUCUCAUUUGCAGGAGUGGUUUGGACUUCGCUUGGGAGCCCUUCCAGAUGCGUAAACCUACUUGGAAAUGUUGGAUGGAGAAGAUCUUUCGGUCGCUUCUUCUUCGAGCAUAAGUCUCUCAAGUGUCGUCAUUCGCAAGCUCUGGUUGCACAUUGCUAUUUCUAUUUUUUCAUGAACCAUUCAAGAACCAUUUGUGUUUACGGGGUUCAAUUUAAUCGACAUGUACAUAAAGCGGAUAGCCUGUGCGUAGUCUUGUGAAGAACCAACUCAAGGAAAGUUGCUCCGUGUUGUGGAGAAGCAAGAGCAUUUGUGGCUAUUCGAUGUAAGUGAAGAUUAUUUAAGCUUGCUCCGUGUUUUUUUGAGGGCAAGUUCACACAAGUUCAAUCAUCAUGUGGA